AUGAUGCCCCAGCAGCAGCAGCAGCAGCAGCAGCCCCCUGACGAAGAAAGCUAUGCAAAUAGCACCAGAAUUCCUCUUCCUGGUGACGGACCAACUCUCCAGUCAAACAGCUCAGCACCACCCAAGCUAACUUGGCAAGCUGCAAUCGAUGCUGCUAGACAAGCUAAGGCUGCCCAGAGCAUGAGCGUCACAGCCCAACCUGUAGGAUCUCUGUCCCAAAGAAAACGCCAGCAAUAUGCCAAGAGCAAAAAACAGGGUAAUACGUCCAAUAGUCGGCCAGCUCGUGCCCUUUUCUGUUUAUCCCUCAACAACCCAAUCCGAAGAGCCUGCAUUAGUAUAGUAGAAUGGAAACCGUUUGACAUAUUUAUAUUACUGGCUAUUUUUGCCAAUUGUGUGGCCUUAGCUGUUUACAUCCCAUUCCCAGAAGAUGAUUCUAAUUCAACUAACCAUAACUUGGAAAAAGUAGAAUAUGCCUUCCUGAUAAUUUUUACAAUUGAAACAUUUUUGAAGAUUAUAGCAUAUGGAUUAUUAUUACAUCCCAAUGCGUAUGUUAGAAAUGGAUGGAAUUUACUGGAUUUUGUAAUAGUAAUUGUAGGGUUGUUUAGUGUAAUUUUGGAACAAUUAACCAAAGAAGCAGAAGGGGGUACCCAUUCGGGUGGUAAAUCAGGUGGCUUUGAUGUAAAAGCCCUAAGAGCCUUUCGUGUGUUGCGACCUCUACGGCUUGUAUCAGGAGUGCCCAGUUUACAGGUUGUCCUGAACUCCAUUAUAAAAGCCAUGGUUCCCUUGCUCCAUAUUGCCCUUUUGGUAUUAUUUGUAAUCAUAAUCUAUGCUAUUAUAGGAUUGGAACUUUUUAUUGGAAAAAUGCACAAAUCAUGUUUCUUUGAUGAUACAGAUAUAUUAGCUGAAGAUGAUCCUGCACCUUGUGCAUUCUCAGGGAGUGGACGUCAGUGUAUGAAUAGCACUGAAUGUAAGAGUGGCUGGGUUGGACCCAAUGGAGGCAUAACCAACUUUGACAAUUUUGCCUUUGCAAUGUUAACUGUGUUCCAGUGUAUAACCAUGGAAGGUUGGACUGAUGUGCUGUAUUGGGUAAAUGAUGCAAUAGGAUGUGAAUGGCCAUGGAUCUAUUUUGUUAGUCUUAUCAUUCUUGGCUCAUUUUUCGUACUUAACCUGGUUCUUGGUGUACUUAGUGGGGAGUUUUCCAAGGAAAGAGAAAAAGCCAAGGCCAGGGGAGAUUUUCAGAAGCUGCGUGAAAAGCAGCAGCUUGAAGAAGAUCUCAAAGGCUAUUUGGAUUGGAUUACACAGGCAGAAGAUAUUGACCCCGAGAAUGAAGAGGAAGGUGAUGAAGAAGGCAAACGAAAUACAAGUAUGCAAGCAAGUGAAACUGAAUCUGUGAAUACCGAAAAUGUUGGAGGAGAAGGAGAAGGCCAUGCAUGCUGUGGAGCUCUGUGUCAAGUUAUCUCAAAAUCCAGGUUCAGUCGCCGUUGGCGCCGAUGGAACCGAUUCAAUCGCAGAAGAUGCAGAGCAGCUGUAAAAUCAGUCUCAUUCUAUUGGUUAGUUAUUGUAUUGGUGUUCCUGAACACAUUAACCAUCUCUUCUGAGCAUUACAACCAACCUGAUUGGUUGACCCAAAUACAAGAUAUUGCAAACAAAGUUCUGUUGGCUUUAUUCACCUGUGAAAUGUUAGUGAAGAUGUACAGUCUGGGCCUGCAGUCCUACUUUGUGUCCCUUUUUAAUCGUUUUGACUGCUUCGUGGUUUGUGGUGGCAUUGUGGAAACCAUCUUGGUGGAGUUGGAAAUUAUGUCUCCCCUUGGAAUUUCAGUGUUCCGCUGUGUUCGUCUUCUCCGGAUUUUUAAAGUGACUAGGCACUGGACAUCCCUGAGCAACUUGGUAGCAUCCUUGUUAAACUCAAUGAAGUCCAUUGCUUCACUGUUGCUUCUGCUUUUCCUCUUCAUCAUAAUCUUCUCAUUGCUUGGAAUGCAGCUGUUUGGAGGCAAAUUUAAUUUUGAUGAAACUCAAACAAAACGGAGCACCUUCGAUAAUUUCCCACAAGCUCUUUUAACUGUAUUCCAGAUUCUAACAGGUGAAGAUUGGAAUGCUGUUAUGUAUGAUGGCAUUAUGGCAUAUGGUGGCCCCUCGUCAUCAGGAAUGGUAGUCUGUAUAUACUUCAUUAUUCUGUUCAUCUGUGGUAACUAUAUCUUGUUAAAUGUCUUCUUGGCCAUUGCUGUUGAUAACUUGGCUGAUGCUGAAAGUCUGAACACAGCUCAGAAAGAAGAAGCAGAGGAAAAAGAGAGGAAAAAGAAUGCCAGAAAAGAGAGUUUGGACACUAAAAAGGGAGACAAAACCGAAGCUGAACAAAAGAAGGCCAAGGAUACUAAGGUUACAAUUAAUGAAUAUGGAGGAGGAGGAGAAGAAGAAGACAAAGAUCCCUAUCCACCUUGUGAUGUUCCAGUAGGUGAAGACGAAGAGGAGGAGGAGGAGGAAGAGGAGGAGGAAGAGCCCGAAGUGCCAGCUGGUCCUCGACCCCGAAGAAUAUCUGAACUUAAUAUGAAGGAGAAGAUGACACCAAUUCCUGAAGGGAGCUCCUUCUUUAUUUUCAGCAAUACAAAUCCGAUUCGAGUGGGAUGCCACAGGCUAAUCAACCACCACAUUUUCACCAACCUCAUUCUGGUCUUCAUCAUGCUUAGCAGUGUCUCCCUUGCAGCCGAAGAUCCUAUUCGCAGCCAUUCUUUUCGAAAUAAUAUACUUGGUUACUUUGACUAUGCUUUCACAGCCAUCUUUACUGUUGAAAUCCUGUUAAAGAUCCUAGGGUAUGCAGAUUAUGUCUUCACUAGUAUGUUUACAUUUGAAAUCGUUUUGAAGUUAACAGUGUUUGGAGCAUUCCUUCAUAAAGGGUCUUUCUGCCGGAAUUACUUUAACUUGCUGGACUUGUUGGUAGUGGGUGUUUCUCUUGUGUCAUUUGGCAUUCAAUCAAGCGCUAUUUCAGUUGUGAAGAUUCUGAGAGUUUUAAGAGUCUUAAGGCCCUUAAGGGCUAUAAACAGAGCGAAAGGACUUAAGCAUGUUGUUCAAUGUGUCUUUGUUGCUAUUCGAACUAUUGGUAACAUCAUGAUUGUCACAACUCUGCUGCAGUUCAUGUUUGCGUGUAUUGGUGUCCAACUCUUUAAGGGUAAAUUCUAUCGGUGCACAGAUGAAGCAAAACAAAACCCCGAGGAGUGCCGGGGAAUAUUUAUUGUUUACAAAGAUGGAGAUGUCGAGAGUCCAAUGGUGAGGGAAAGAAUAUGGCAGAACAGUGAUUUCAACUUUGACAAUGUGCUUGCUGCCAUGAUGGCUCUUUUCACUGUGUCCACCUUUGAAGGCUGGCCUGCGCUUCUGUAUAAAGCUAUAGACUCAAAUGGGGAGAACAUCGGCCCAGUCUACAACUACAGAGUGGAGAUUUCCAUUUUCUUCAUCAUUUAUAUCAUCAUUAUUGCUUUCUUCAUGAUGAACAUAUUUGUUGGUUUUGUCAUCGUUACGUUCCAAGAACAGGGAGAACAAGAAUACAAGAACUGUGAACUGGACAAAAAUCAGCGUCAGUGUGUAGAAUAUGCUUUGAAAGCACGUCCUUUGCGUAGAUACAUUCCAAAAAAUCCUUACCAGUACAAAUUCUGGUAUGUGGUAAACUCUACGGGGUUUGAAUACAUCAUGUUUGUUCUCAUCAUGCUGAAUACACUUUGCUUGGCUAUGCAGCACCAUGGGCAGUCAAAACUUUUUAAUGAUGCAAUGGAUGUUCUGAACAUGGUUUUUACUGCAGUGUUUACUAUUGAAAUGUUUCUGAAACUCAUUGCUUUUAAACCCAAGAUUUGUGUGCCAAAAAAGAAAAGAAUGCUAGGCUAUUUUAGUGAUGCCUGGAACUCGUUUGACUCCCUCGUCGUUCUUGGCAGCAUAGUAGACAUCGUUCUCAGUGAAGCUGAUCACUAUUUCACUGAUGCAUGGAACACUUUUGAUGCCUUAAUUGUUGUUGGUAGCGUCGUUGAUAUUGCUAUAACAGAAGUUAAUCCAAAGCCAACUGAAACUGUCACAACAGAUGAGUCUGGGAACACUGAAGACAGCGCUAGAAUCUCCAUUACCUUUUUCCGUCUCUUCCGCGUGAUGCGUCUGGUGAAGCUCCUCAGCAGGGGUGAAGGAAUAAGAACACUGUUGUGGACAUUUAUCAAGUCAUUUCAGGCUCUACCAUAUGUAGCUCUUUUGAUAGCCAUGUUGUUUUUCAUCUACGCGGUUAUUGGAAUGCAGGUGUUUGGCAAAGUUGCUCUGCGGGAUGGUACUCAAGUUAACCGGAACAACAACUUUCAGACUUUUCCCCAAGCAGUGCUUCUCCUUUUCCGGUGUGCAACAGGAGAGGCUUGGCAAGAAAUCAUGUUGGCUUGUCUGCCAGGAAAACGAUGUGAUCCAGAUUCUGAUUACAAUCUGGGAGAAGAAAACACAUGUGGGAGCAACUUUGCCAUUAUUUAUUUCAUUACAUUCUAUAUGUUGUGUGCUUUUUUGAUUAUCAACCUCUUUGUGGCUGUCAUCAUGGACAACUUUGAUUAUCUGACACGCGAUUGGUCUAUUCUUGGUCCCCAUCACCUAGAUGAAUUUAAAAGGAUAUGGUCAGAAUAUGAUCCUGAAGCAAAGGGAAGAAUAAAACACCUCGAUGUUGUUACUUUGUUACGACGCAUACAACCCCCUCUGGGGUUUGGUAAAUUAUGUCCUCACAGAGUUGCAUGCAAGAGGUUGGUAGCCAUGAACAUGCCCCUAAACAGUGAUGGCACAGUCAUGUUUAACGCUACUUUAUUUGCUUUAGUAAGAACAGCUCUGAAGAUUAAAACAGAAGGGAACUUAGAGCAAGCAAAUGAAGAACUCAGAGCAGUUAUAAAGAAAAUCUGGAAGAAAACUAGUAUGAAACUUCUUGAUCAAGUUGUCCCUCCAGCUGGUGAUGAUGAGGUAACCGUGGGGAAGUUCUAUGCCACCUUCCUGAUACAGGACUACUUUAGGAAAUUCAAGAAACGGAAAGAACAAGGACUGGUGGGGAAACACCCUGCAAAGAACACAACCGUUGCACUCCAGGCUGGACUAAGGACACUUCAUGAUAUUGGUCCUGAAAUUCGGCGAGCUAUAUCCUGUGAUUUGCAAGAAGAUGAACCUGAGCAAAAUCACCACGAGGAAGAGGAAGUAUAUAAAAGAAAUGGCGCCCUGUUUGGAAAUCAUGUAAACCAUGUUCCCAAUGAUACAAGAGAUUCAUUUCAACAGAUCAAUACCACACACCGCCCACUACAUGUCCAAAGGCCAUCAAUUCCAUCUGCAAGUGAGACUACUGAGAAAAAUGUGCAUCCUUCAGCAGGAAACUCUGUUUUCCAUAACCAUCAUAGUCAUCAUAAUCAUCAUCACCACAACUCAAUAGGGAAGCAUGUUCCAAAUUCAACAAAUGCUAACCUCAAUAAUGCCAACAUGUCCAAAGUGGUGAAUGGAAGACGUACAAGCACUGGAAGCCAUGAGAAUAUGACUGAAACAGGGCAUCGUUCGCAUUCCAGAAGUGAUCAUCAUGAAAAACAUAGAUCUUCCAAUCGCAGAUCUCGCUAUUAUGAAGCUUAUAUUAGGUCAGAAUCAGGAGACAGGCAUCUGCCCACAAUUUGCCGAGAAGAUCAUGAAGUUCGAGAUUACUAUAAUGAUGAUCACUACUUGGAUGAUCAGGAAUAUUUUAGUGGUGAAGAAUAUUAUGAAGAUGACAGUAUGUUAUCCGGAAGGAGACAUACACAUGACUAUCAUAGCAGAUAUUACUAUGAUGAUUCAGAUUUUGAGAGGCCAAAAGGUUACCAUCACCCACAUAGCUUUUAUGAAGACGAUGAGUCGCAGAUGUGUUAUGAUUCAAAAAGAUCUCCUAGGAGACGGUUGCUACCUUCAACACCAACACCAAAUCGCCGUUCUUCCUUUAAUUUCGAAUGCCUCCGCAGACAAGGCAGUCAAGAUGAAAUACCGUUAUCCCCUAGUUUUUAUCACCGCACUGCAUUACCUCUGCAUUUAAUGCAACAGCAGGUCAUGGCUGUUGCAGGACUGGAUGCCACUAAAGCUCACAGACAUUCCCCUAGUCGUUCAACACGCUCCUGGGCCACUCCACCAGCUACCCCACCCAACCGGGACCGUACUCCAUAUUAUACACCUCUUAUCCAAGUCGACCAAGCAGAAUCUACGGAACACAUGAAUGGCAGUUUGCCUUCUUUGCAUAGGAGUUCUUGGUAUACGGACGACCCUGAUAUUGCCUAUCGGACAUUUACACCAGCUAAUUUGACUGUACCGAGUGACUUUAGGCAUAAGCAUAGUGACAAACAGCGAAGUGCAGACAGUUUGGUAGAAGCGGUACUUAUUUCAGAGGGAUUAGGACGGUAUGCCAAGGACCCAAAGUUUGUUUCUGCUACAAAACAUGAGAUCGCAGAUGCUUGCGACAUGACUAUUGAUGAGAUGGAAAGUGCUGCAAGUAACCUUCUCAAUGGGAACAUUAGCAAUAGGACCAAUGGUGACAUGUUCCCCAUUUUAAACAGACAAGAUUAUGAACUUCAGGACUUUGGUCCUGGUUAUAGUGACGAAGAGCCUGAUACUGGUAAAUAUGAAGAAGACUUAGCUGAUGAAAUGAUAUGCAUUACAACCUUAUAGUAUUUAGCAAGGGGGGGGAUUGUAUGAUUUUAAAUAAACAAAAGUGCCUCUUAGUUCCAAGAUGCUAGGCACUAGUUGGAAUUAAUAAGGAAUCAAGCUUUGUACGAGUGAUGAUACCACAUCACGAGGAAGCCAUACUUUUAUUUAUUAGCAAGUGUCUCCGAUACUGGGAAGCAGGAUC